UGCUUGGUGGGACAUCAACAAUGGGACUUGGUGCAAUAUCAACCAUAAAAGCUAAAAACAUCUCUUGUAACCAAAAUGCAAAAUUUUCCUGUUUACACAAUCUGCUAAGAUUAUUUUUUUCCCUGUGAAAUGAAGGAGUUUGAACUCAUUAUAGGCAGGCCUUAACUUGAAGGAAGAAUUCUGCCACAAGGAGACAAAAAAAAAUUAAGUCUUUGAAAAUAAACAAGCACCAGUAACUUAAAUGUAUUUGACUAUAUAUUUCAGAUGUGUAUUUCCAGGAUUCAAAAGCGAUACAAUAUAGAGUGUAUAUGCCAGCUAGGAGGUAUGUCAAGUUGUUCAAGACUUAAAGUGAAUCUAGUUUCAUAAGCAGCUUAUGGCACAGAAUUGGGACAUAAAAUUCAAGAUCCUGAGGUAACUAAAGAAUCUUCUCAGUUGCAAAGAUGUUGGAGGAGGACAUGGAGGUGGCCAUCAAGGUGGUGGUAGUAGGAAAUGGAGCAGUUGGGAAAUCCAGUAUGAUUCAAAGAUAUUGCAAAGGAAUUUUUACAAAAGACUACAAGAAAACCAUUGGAGUAGAUUUCUUGGAGAGACAAAUUCAAGUUAAUGAUGAAGAUGUGAGGCUGAUGUUGUGGGACACAGCAGGUCAAGAGGAGUUUGAUGCUAUAACAAAGGCCUAUUAUAGAGGAGCCCAGGCUUGUGUUCUUGUGUUCUCAACCACUGAUAGAGAGUCUUUUGAAGCAAUCCCCACCUGGAAGGAAAAAGUGGUGACUGAAGUUGGAGACAUCCCCACAGUGCUUGUACAAAAUAAGAUUGAUCUUCUGGAUGAUUCUUGUAUAAAGAAUGAAGAGGCAGAGGCAUUGGCAAAAAAGUUAAAGUUAAGAUUCUACCGAGCAUCAGUGAAAGAGGAUCUAAAUGUAACUGAAGUUUUUAAAUAUUUGGCUGAAAAGUAUCUUCAGAGGCUCAAACAACAAACAACUGAAGAUCCAGAACUAGUACAUACAAGCAGUAACAAAAUUGGUGUUUUUAACACAGCUGGUGGAAGUCACUCUGGCCAGAAUACUAGCACACUUAAUGGUGGAGAUGUCAUCAACCUUAGACCAAACAAACAGAGGACGAAGAAAAACAGAAGUCCUUUUAGCAACUGCAGCAUACCUUAGAACCACUGUGGAUGAGGAAAAGAAUGACAGUUCAUGGGAUGAAGCUGUGCAAUUAAAUAAGGAAUACAGCCAGCUAUAGUGGUUUUUUAUCAGUGCUCUAGCAAACCUUGCACCUACAGGAUCCUUGACAGAUGGUGGAUUUAAAUAAAUUGUGGUUGCAAUGUUUCUUCAGUAAGUCGAGUGAGACCCCUGGUGGCAAAAAAAUAGAACCAAUGUUGCCCCUGUGCACCUCUUUAAAUUAGAUAAGCUUUUCCUGUUUGAAGGAAUGAUGUACAAAGCUAUGUGAUAGGUGUUGCUGAAUUGUAACGCACACUAAAAUAUAAGCAUAAUGCUUACAAGUAUUGGUACAGACCAUAAUAUUGUGGCCCAAGGUAAAGUAGCUUCUUUCCAACUAAAUUUACCAACACAUUUGUUAGAAGACUGUUGAUUAAUCAGGACCCUUAAAAAUAAAAUGAGGUGCAAGAAGGAGAUAUGCUUCUUAUGUCAGACUAUACCGAUAGGGUUUUGGCAGUUUUUUUUCUGUGCAAUAUAAUUGUAUAAUGUAUGAAUGUUAACUAAGGUGUGCAUAUAGGUACAAAAUGUUUGAGCUAAACAGAGAGGAAACAGUAUCUGAUGAGUUGUAGGGGACCAGGUAAUUUUCUUAAUGAGCACCCUUAAAACUAACUUUUGGUUCUUUAAAAAUGUGCAUUUCAAAUGAGGCUUUCCAAAGCAGUAGUGUUAAGAUUUAACACGCUAUACUUUGGGCCUGAAAGCUUCAAUUAAAAAAAAUGUGUGGUGCCAAAACAUUUUUUCUUCUUAACUGAUGCUGUACUACAGAUAUUUUGGAAAAGUGUUUGUUUUUCUUAGUCUUAGCAGGAUAAACAGCAAGGGUCUCUGAUUCUUAUAUAUUCAGUUGGAAGCCCUUAAAUAAUUUCACUUGUGCUUCAGUUCAGAAAUAGAUUGCUGGCAGUCGGUAUGUUCCUACAGCAUCAGCUCUGAGACUUGUUGAACUUGAGGAACAGUUUCAAUAAAAUACUAGGCUCUAGUAAGAAAUUUGGAUCUAGCAAAUUGGAGCUGAUUAUUAAAUCCAAUUAAUAGACUCAGAUUUAUAUUGCUGGUUAAAUCUAAUCUGUAAGAUCAGGGGUAAGGGAUAACAUUUUCAGAAGUGUUUAAGUCCCAUAUUUCAGAAGUCAUUUAGGAGCCUAAAUCUAAUGGGAAGUUAAUGGUAGUUAAGCUCCUAAAUCAUUAAGGUGCUUUAAUAAAAAGUUACACAAGAUAGCUUUUAUUUACCAAAAACAUAAAUUUUCCAUUCUCCAAGAGCAUGCAUUUUUUAAAAAAUAUCCAUUUUGUUUACAUGUUUUUGUAUGGUAUUGUAUCAUUUUAAUCUUUAGGAUUUCUCUAACAAAGGUCUGUCAGCAGUAAAUGCAAAUAUUCUACUUUAAGAAAUUUGGAAUUGUAAUAGUUUCUAAAUAGCUGUAGUAGAGUGCAAAUGACUUGGCCUUCUUUAUUUUGGAGGAUGAAUAUUUCAUUCUAUGAAUUCAUAUAAGUUUAAAAUGUUUCAUUUUAAGAUCUUGAGCAUGAGAGCUGAUGUACUUUUGUCCUACCAUAUGUGGGCAAGAGAAGCGUGUAUGUGGGAGGGUGAUAAUUUUUCAUAAACACUAAAUCAGAACGUUUCUGUUGUAUUUUAACAUAUUGACUUCCUAUGAAGUACCUGGAUUUUUUGGCAGGCUGUUAUGGCAUCUCCCAUUGCUGGCAAUGAGAUGUGCAUCAAGGUACUCAAUCCUCUCUGCUAUUGCAACAAAAAUGUUUCAUCACAGCAUUUCCUACAUACCCUGUUCAAUAAAGGCCUUUAUUUUUAACAAGUGCA